AUGGUACGUGGUUCCAUGACGGCAGGUCAUCGUGGCGCAGGAUUUACACUGGCAGGGCGUAGUGCCGGUCGUGGCACUAGUUGUGUGAUACGCGGUAGUAGGAGUGCCGGAAGGAGCAUUCGUGGUGGCCGAAGUGUUGGUAUUGACAUCGAUUUAAAUGCUCAAGGUCGGGAAGAUGAUGAACCAAUUGAAGUUGAAGCUGAAAUUACUGCAAAUAAUUCGAAGGAGAAAUGUGACAAGGCAGAUUGGUCAUCCAUGAAUACUAGAACUUUUUGUGAAAUAUGUGUUGAAGAGGUUGAAGCUGGUAACAGACCAAAUGGAACACUAACUACUGCAGCGUAUAAAAAUAUUUGUGUUAAGUAUCGACAAAGAACUGGUUUGCUUCACAGCAAAACUCAAUUGAAGAAUAAGUGGGAUUUACUGAAAGGGCUUUACAGUUUUUGGCUUGGUCUAAACAAAGAUACAGGACUUGGAUGGGAUUCUAAGCUAGGGACUGUGAUUGCAAAUAUUGCAGUGGAUGGAUCUACAUCAUGCGCUCCAGGUGAAUUUUAUGAUGUGGAAAAUCAUGAGACUGAGGUUGAUGGUAUUGAUGGAGUUGAUUUUGGCACAUUUGAGGCAGACUGUGAUGCUCAAUAUGAUGAAUUUGCGUCUCCUUUUGCUAGUGGCAGCAAGUCAACUCAGUCGAAGAGAGGCGUCUCAACUCAGUCAAAGAAAAGAGCUAGUCCUACUGUUGUUAAUAGCCCACUGAAGCGCUCAAAGAAUCCCAUGGUUAAGGUCAUGAAUAAGAUUCAUAAUACUUUGGAGAUCAAUUGCAAUAUUUCAAACAAAGUAAUGCUUGGUGAGUAUAGGUAUGAAUCAAUCAAGCAAUGCAUGGAAUGGGCUGUUGAGUGUGGAGCAACUGAAGGAUCACUUGAGCAUUUCAUGGCUACUCAGCUUUUUGUUAAGGCGGAGCACAGGGAUGUAUUUAAGUCAUUCAAAACAAAUGAAGGAAGACUUCUAUGGUUGAAGAGGCACUGCGCUAAGGAUGGCUUAUGUUAGGAACAUCUAUUUAUUUUCGUGUGUUAGGAGCAUCUAUUUACUUUCA